ACCCGAAGUUACCGUGUAUUUCCAUGAAAGUGGAAUAGCUGCUGCUAUCGGUUACUAUCGAAAUCGUUAUUCGCGGUUUUGUUAAAUUUUGUGUGGGCUUUUUAUGUUAAAAUUCGUUUCAAAAGGAGACAAUUAGAAGAGCUUUAGGAUGAAAACCUGCCGCACAUGUCUGUCCCAAACAGAUGAUCAUAUGGUUUCUCUUUUUGCAAAAACAAACGAACACUUGUUGGCAGACAUCAUAUCUCAGAUAUGUUCCGUUACGAUAAUCGUAAAUGACGGUUUUCCUGCAAAAAUCUGUAAAAAAUGUGUUGAGAAGGUUGAUCAACUAGUUGAUUUCAUCAAUUUGGUAAAAUCAUCAGAUGCUAAAUUGAAACAACCAACACACAGUUCUGUAAAUUCUUCGAUUUUUGAAGAAGUUUCUAUUAAGUCGGAAAUAGAUGAAAAUGAAAUAAAAAUUGGUGAAAGCUAUACUGAAAUUACCAAUUUGCCCAGCCUUUGUCCACUUGUUCCAGAAGUUGCAACAAUAACAAACGAAAAUUUAAAACAACGACGUUGCAAAACUGUCAACCUUGAAAAAUCGGCAGAAAAGAUUUCUCCAGCCAAGGAGGUUACAAAAAUAAAAUCCGAGCCUUCUUUGGAUGAUACGAUAGAUAAUGGCAGCUCUAAUGACACAGAAGAUGGAACGUUCUCGCAAACAUCUGGGGAACCUCGAACUAAAAGAAAGGGCAGAUCAGCUAAACUAACUACAACGAAAGAACCAAUCACUAAAAAAAUCAAUAAUCGAAAAGAAACUCAAGACAAAAAUUUGGAAGAUAUGUACAAUACGAUAGAUCUACCUAAGAAAAAUUUUCUGUGUUGUUAUUGCUUCGAUCAUUUCGAUGCUCAAGAAGAUUAUCUGAUGCAUGUUGAAGUUCACAGGAAACAUAAUAACCCAAACAUGAACCAACCUCACUCUUGCGAUAUUUGCAAGCGGAAGUUUAAAAAAGAUGUAGGUCUAGAACGCCAUAGGAAAAAGUUCCAGGAAGCUGACAAGCUGUAUGAAUGUGUAAAAUGUUCUUCCAAGUUCAUGAAUAAACCCGGGCUAAGACUGCAUAUACUGCUUCAUCAUUCCACCAAAAACACCUCUGAACAGGAAAUAAUGUGUUGCGCUCAAAGUUGUUCAAAAACAUUCGAAACGGAGGAUGCAUUACGAAAUCAUGCUCAAGAUGCACAUAAAUUUAACAAAAUAGCAUACCAACAGUCAGAUGCGGCUAAAAAUCCUAUAGAGUGCCCAAUUUGCUACAAACGGUUUCCAUCGCAGUUUAGAUUUCGUUGCCACAAAAAGCGGAAUUCGAAGCCUAUGAAGCACCAGUGCUUUACAUGUGGAUUGAAAUUUCGAACGGCAGAAGUUUUGAGCAUACAUGAGAUCAAUCAUGGGAAAACCAAACCCUUCGUAUGCGCCAUAUGGGAAAAACCGUUUGCUAGCAAAAGUUUCUUGAACGCUCAUCUACGUACUCACAAUAAUGACAAACGGUUUGCUUGCGCCGUGUGUGAUCGGAGGUUUUUUCAGAAGGCUCAGUUGAAAGCUCACGAAAUCGAUCACAACAGUGAACCGUUGCCAUUCAACUGUGAACACUGUGAUAAAUCUUUCAAGUGUAAAGCGUACCUGGUGAAUCAUAUGCGUAGGCACACGGGCGAGAAGCCGUUUCCAUGUCGCCAUUGUUCGAUGACCUUUGCGAAUGGUACCACCCGACAGCGGCACGAGAUGAACCACACAGGCGAUAAACCUUUUCAAUGUUCUUACUGUGAUGAAAAAUUCACCGUGAAACGAAUGAAACUUGAACAUGAGUGCAAGCAUACAGUAUUAAGCCGUUUAAAUGUAACUUCUGUGAUAAAGGCUUUAUGGGGCCGUUCACUAAUUACGUAAGCACGAUUUUGGAAAUUUUCAACCCUCCCUCCCCCCCUGGUAAGACAAAGUAAGAUUUUUCAAAACCCCCCCUCCCCCCCUAGUAAGAUCUUACGUUUUUUAUUCUUUGAGAAAUUGACACGUUUUUUCAAAAAUAGCUUGAAAAUAUUAAAAACGUGAAUUCAAAGCAAAGCACUUUUUUAGUAAAAUUUAAAAAACUUUAUUUGAAAAGCACAAUCUAUGCAAAACAGCAGAGGAAAUAUCAUAACUAUAAAAGAAAACAUCAUUCAAGACGUAGCAUGUUUGGGGUAACAAUAAUUUUCAAUAAAUUUCCUCAAUCGAAUAAACA